AUGUAUGCAAAAAGGUGUAGCAGCUUUUUGGACGCCGUGCCGACGUUCCUACACAAGGCGGCAUCCCGCAGCAGCUUCAGCUCCAUUGUUGUGAAGAAGCCACGGGGAAAGCCACUGAACAUUGACACGGUGAGGAGGAACAACAGAAGGGGAGAGAAAUGUGGAGACGAGACAAGAAGUAUAUAUCAUCACCACAAAAAAGAGCAGCUUCAUGGGAAUGACCAAGUGGAGGAAAGAAACAAAAAGCAAACAAUAACCAAGCUGUGCAAACUGUUAAGUGAUAAUUUGAAGAAUGGAAAAUAUGAUAUGUACGAGAAGAACCUAAGUUAUGGAUUAUCUGUGGCAGAAAACCCAAUCGAAUUAUCCCAACUGAUUAACUCAAUCAGUAAAGGGAGGUACUACAGUAAGGGGGUGAUCCACAUUUACACAAAACUGGUAGACAAAGCCUCGGAGAUCUUCGAAAAUAUCCCCGUGAUGAGCAUAAGCUUAAUUUUGAAUAGCAUGCUGAAGUUGGACAUAUAUAAUGAGAAGUUUUUGUUUUUAUUUUUCAAAAAUGUGCAGCAAAUUUUGGACGAAUGUAAUGCGGUCGACUUGACUAUCCUGUUUCAUUUUUACGUCAACGGAAUGGGACGGCUUGUCGGAAGUACUAGUCCUUACUGGGUUAUGCCACCUCUCGGAGGCAACUCCCCUGAUGCGCAAAGUCAAGUGCUGCUAAACUCAUUUUUGAGAAGGCUACACAACGUGGUGCCUUCCUUGCAGAUGCACGGCAUUUCGUCCGUACUGCGAUGUGUUAAGAAAUUGGUGAUGAUGAUGAUGGUGGGAGAGGCGAAGGGGGGAGAGACGAAGGGGGGAGAACCCAAUGGGGGUAGACGGUUAGACGAUAUGGAGGCUGUUCACCAUGGGAAGAAUCAUUCGUGUGAGUUUUUCCCCUACGGCAAAGCUAAUCGGAAUGGCCAUCAAAAUUGUGAAUCAAAUUUGGAGCUAAUUACACAGAUAAACUCACGUCUGAGAAAUAACUUUUACGAAAAAAUGGCACAAGCGAAUACGCAGCAGUUAUGCAACAUUUUAGAAGACCUGCAAUUUUUUGAUCUCAUCGAUAAUGACUGUUACUAUGACGUAUUGAACAGAUUAAAGGAGUCCUUACAACGAGCGAAGGAACUCAAAGACCUCGACUAUGUGAAUGUCCUAAAUACUAUAAAGAGUAGGAACAUAAAGAAUAACAAUUUGUUGCCUUUGUGUUAUUUUUCCUUUUUGUUUGACUCACUGAAGAUGGAGGACUUUUCUCAUUUUCAUUAUGACCGUGUUGCCGAGCUAGCCAAAAUAUUAUUUUAUUUUAAAAAGGUUUAUCAUGUUAACUUUUGUAUGAACAAAAUGGAAUUAUUUUUGGAUAAAAAUGAUCCCAAUUUGAUAGAGUCCACGUCCACUAUGAUUUAUUUGUUGGAUGAGUUUUGUACAAUUGGUAGGUGCACUGCGGCGGGGGGGGCCUUGAGGGGUAAAUUGUUUUCCUGCGUUGUGCACCGCGUCUUGGGGGGUGCGGCGGGCACGCUGGGCGGCACCACCGGUGGUAGCGGCGUGAGCAGCAGUGCUACCCUUGGUAGUGGCGUGAGCAGCAGUGCGACCUGUAGUAGCCGCUUGAGCGGAAGUGCCACCUGUAAUAGCCGCUUGAACGGAAGUGCCACCUGUAGUAGCCGCUUGAACGGAAGUGCUAUGAACCCACAUGGAGGUCACGCCCUAACCCUGGAGGAAUCGCUCCUCUUGACCAAAGCAGCGGAAGGGCUUAUUAGCACCAAAAAAGAGGAACACCCCAGCAUAUCUGACCACGUGAAAAGGAGAGACUUCUUCCUCAUCAAUUGUGAUGAAAAAGUUUGUAUCCAAUUUGAACAGCUGGAUAGGUAUGUCCAAAAUGUCUUGUACAAAAUUUUGGUUCUAGGUAAAGUUAGAUAUAGAGAUGUCUCCCUUUUUUUGCACCUUCUAAAAUGCUGCUUGCUGUGCUCAUUACACUUUUCCCUUAAGGAUAUUUUACUCCUACUGAGAGGGCUACAACAUUGUCUGUACUUUUUUACAAAGGAAAAUUAUAUCCUUUUGGAGAAUGUAUUAAAUUAUUUAAGCGCCCUUACAGUGUUGCAGUGUCGGUUGGUGGUAAGGAGGAAGGAGGAGUGCAGGCGAUACCGGGACGAUAUGGAUAAACUUCUGAACCGUUCAGGCAGUUUGUUUAGAAGUGAAAAUGUCAUAAGGGAGGUGGUGGUUAACCAAAUGGGGUACAACGAGUUGAGCGAGGUGUAUAGGAAGAUCGACCGUGUGAUGGAGACGAAUUGGGCAUACCUGAGUGACCUCACUUCGAUAGAAAGGUUGAGUGGGAGAAGUGACGAGGGGGAUAACGCCUCACAUGGGAUUGCUUUUCAAGACGAAGGGGGAGGUAUCCUCUCCAAUAAUAGGCGAACAAAAAUAUGCGCAUCAAAUUGCUGCUCCUUGUUGUGCUAUUUCCAAAGGUUAAAUUACGUGAAUAAGGGAGUCGUUCGAGUCGUCUUGUCGAACUUAUACGACCAUGUGCAUGCGUUGAAGAAUGAGCAAAUUCUCAAGUUGGUGAAGGGACUUAGCAUUAUCCGAAAUGUCGACACGGAGUUCACUUCGUUCAAUUCAGUUUUUAAACAAAUUUUACUUCGGUUCGUGUCGUCUCACAAGGAGGGGACGAAGAGUGCAGAGCUGAAGAUAGACGAAACGAUCAAGUUGAUGUACCUAGUGAGUAAGCUCUCCAUAAAUAUGGACCACAGGAAUGCCCUCAUAAGGAAAUAUAUUUUGGUUUUUUUGGAGAGUCAGUUGGGGGAGCACACCGUGGGCCUUCCUCAGCUGGAGCUGUUGAUGAAGAGUUUUAAAAAUAUGUAUCCUUACCGGUACGUGUGUUUGGUGGAAUGGUGCUUGCGAGGGGUCAGCCAGGCGGCCCGGGGGGAGGCACCAAUCGAACAGCAACACAACGGAUCGCGCGAAGCAUCGUGCAACCGAUUGGGUGACGGAUCACGUGAAGGAGCGCCGCGACCCCCACUGCCGCUGCCCUUCCUGAAGAAUUACUUCUCCGUCAUGCCGCUGCUAAUAAACCCAGCUACCAACAUCCACUGCGGCGUGAACGACCUGUACAUGCGCACAAGUAUGGAGCUCUUCGACCAACUGUACGAGCAGAUCAAAUCUGAUGAAAGACUCAAAGAGGAGUUCAUCCCCGUGCUGAUAACUUUUGUUAAUUUAUCCUUCCGUGACAUUCCCUUUGUGGAGAGGUAUCCCAAUUUGAUGAGUGACAUUUUCGAGAUGAAGCAGUUGAUUCCGACGAAGCAGUUUUUCUUUUUUUUAUUGAAUGUGAAGUUUUUUGGGACACAGAAGGGUCGCGCCGAGGUGGAUGCGCUGCUGCACAAGGUUGGCAGCCUUGUUGAGGGCCACAUGGGGGAGUCGUCACGAUCGAAAGAGGCAGCGUCACCAUUAGAACGCACACCCACCCCGUUAACGCGAGCGCCCUCCUCGCUGCACGACUUCACCUUUGACAGAAAGAAGCUCGUCCUCCUGGACACGGAAGAAGAUAACGAGAUGGAGAUCAUAUCUCGGGAGUACAACCAUAUAGACACAGCCGAGGUGCACACACGAGGGGAAGGAACGACGGAGAAAAAAGGCUUACAUCGUGCGGAUUGCCACGACCAUGAUGACCUCGUGAAGGAACGCACCAAACGGAGUAACGCAGACCACCUUGAAUUCGAAAUCAUUUUGAAAAAAUAUGCAUACUGCCAAAAUAGCCAAAAGGACAAAAUCGAAAUUACGAAGAAUGUUAAAAUAUUUUCCUUCGAUGCUAAGUAUGUGGACUUGAAAAAGAAAAUUAUUUUCGAAUUUUUGGAGGAGGACAAUUAUUUUAAAGAAGUAGAUGAUGCCUCCAUCGAGCUUUUACCGUUUGUUUAUUUGCGUUUAUUUUUUUGGAGGAAAUUAAAUUACAACUUAGUCAUUAUGCCCUUUUAUGAGUGGCAUAUGUGUUAUGGCCGCUUGGAAAGGGUUAAGGCCAUUUUUCAGAAGCUCCUAAACGUGGCCCGCGACGCCGAUUCGUACUUGCUCGAGACGGGGAAGUCUCGCGCUUUUGCCUCCGUUGGGCGUUACGAAUGA